AUGUAUGGCAAUCCAGGCCAGUAUGGCCAACAGCCGAACCAGCAGCAGCAGUACGGUCAAGGCCAAUAUCAGCAGCAGCAGCAGCAGCAGCAAUAUGGUGGAGGCCUCGGUGUCCCGGGUCAGCUACCCCCUCAGCAGACGGGGUAUCAGGGCGGAUUCAUACCUCAACCUACCGGCUAUAGCAAUCCUCAGAUGCCAUUGAGUGCACAAUACACCGGCUUCAUCCCUCAACCGACAGGAGUCCCGGGCGUCCCGGGUGUCCCAGGGGGUUUUGGAAAUGUCCCUCCGGUCCCUCAGAUGCCGAGCCAAUUCCAGCAGCAGCAGCAAUCUCAGCUGUCGCCGCAAACACCGACAGCUCCUACUCCUACGCCUGGUGCAUCGUCAUCUACGGGGAAGGCUCAAGUCAAGAUUCCAAACAUCCGCCUAACCUUCAUCACAGCAGCCGAUCAAGCCAAGUUUGAGCAGUUGUUCAAAGCCGGUGUCCAAGAUGGCCAGGCUCUCUCCGGAAACACCGCCAAAGAAAUACUUCUCCGCUCCGGCCUUCCUGGUUCAAUUUUGGAGACUAUUUGGGGUCUCUCCGAUACUACAAAGUCCGGUCAUCUUAUGUUCCCCGAAUUCGCUGUGGCAAUGUGGCUCUGUAACGUCGCAAGAUCCGGCCAAUCACUUCCAUCGACUCUCCCUGAGAAGAUCUUGAAUGAAGUCUCCAGCAUGGUUGAUAUAAUCUCCUUUGCCAUUCCAGACACAGUUCCCGACGAACCGAGACGAACCAACGUACCCAAGUUCUCAGCCUCGCCCGUACCGACUCCACCUCCCCAACCUGAACGGAGUAUUACAAUUUCGCCACCAGCUCCUCAGCAGCAACAGCAAACCCAACAAUCAAACCUAGCAGCAUUGAGCCAGCUGCAAAUAUCAUCACAACCAACGGGCUUGCCGCCUCAGCCUUCUGGCUUCCAACAAAAUACUGGUUUACUCCCUUCAAUUAACCUCAACCCACAAAUAACUGGCUAUCAACAAACCGGUAGCAUAGGCCGUGCCGCGGGAAGCAGUUUUCUCAACCCUAGUGUCCCGUCAAUUCCCUCCCAGUUCACUAGCAAUCUCAGUCCCGGCAACACCCUCUCCGCGCUCCAGGCCCAGCCCACGGGUCGCCCAGGCCAAUGGGGUUUCGUAAAUGCUCCCGCUGGAGGUUUACCUGGCAUAGAAGCUCUUGGGGCUCGUAUGAUGCCCAAUGCUGGGGGACACCAAGGUGGCUUCACAACUACUGGUUUAACGGGAAACGCUAAGAUCCCUUGGGCAAUCACUAAGGAUGAAAAAUCAAUCUACGACAAUAUCUUUAGCGCUUGGGAUGGUCUUAAAAAGGGGUUCAUCGCCGGCUCCCAGGCUAUCGAGAUUUUCAGUCAGUCCGGUGUAGAUAGAGGUGAUUUGGAGCGAGUCUGGACGUUAUCUGACCCGGGGAACAAGGGGCGCCUCGAUCGUGACGAGUUCGCGGUUGCAAUGCACUUAAUUUAUCGAAAGCUACAGGGAAAUGAGGUACCAGCGCGACUUCCACCAGAACUCAUUCCACCAUCUACACGAGGUUUCACGGAUUCCGUCAAUACUGUCAAGAAUUACUUGAAGGCAGAUGCUGAAGUUAGAAGGACUACGGGAGCGAACUUGUUACCUCAAGCUACUGGCGUUAGUAUGAUGAAGAAUCGGUCUUUCAAGUCCGGUGGCGUUCAGGAAGUCAGGAAAGAUGCGACCUUGUUUAGGAAUAAUGACGAUGAAGUAGGGUACCAGAGUAGCGCUCGUAGACGAAUUGGUGGUGGCGGCAGGACGCCGUCGCCUGCCCCGCCGAGCGAGGAGCUUACUGUCGACCAGCUAAAGAAGAAAGUUAGAGAGAAGCAGAUUUUGUUGGAUGCCAUUGAUAUCAAAGAUGAAGACCAGAACGAGGAGGAUGCAGUACUCGAUCGACGGGAUAGACGUGAUGCCGACGAUCUGUAUAGGAGGGUUAGGAGGGUGCAAGAGGAUAUCGAUGCACAUCCCAAUGCGGGACUCCGAAGUGCCGAUGCUGGUGCGGAGAAGAGGCAGUUAAAGAGGCAGCUUCAAAAUCUGACUGAUAGAUUACCCGAUCUUGCUUCGAAGAUUAGGAAGGCAGAGAGGGGAAUUAUGGAGACCAAGUUGGAGUUGUUCAGGUUGAAGGAUGCGAAGGCUUUCCCGGAUUCCUCGGCGCAUAUCAUUGGUACUGGUCCUGGAGGAACGAUUACAGAAUCAGAUCGAUCGAAGGCUAGGGCUAGGGCUAGGAUGCAGGCCAGGAUGGCGGAGUUGACGGGUAAGCCAGCGCCUGUUGAUGCCAGCGGUCGUGGUGAGGAAGAGGCUGCCAGGAGAUUAGCAGAUGAGACAAAUAGAGCUAGGGAUGAGAAGGAGCGAUUUGAGAGAAUGAUUAGGGACAUUGAAGACACGAGUGAAGAGCUGAAAACCUCAAUCGAGGAUACUCUGCGCGGUGGCGAUGGUGUCGAGAGUUCGUCUUCGAAUGAACACGAGAAGAGACGGUGGGAGGAGGGCUUAGGAGUUGAAGAGGAGGUUAGGGACUUCAUUUAUGAACUUGAGAGGUCGAGUAAGAACAAUAGGAGCAGCAGGCGUGAAGUGGUGGAUGACAGGCGACCGACCCCUAAGUAUGCUAUUGAAGACCGAAGCACAAGGGAUGCAAGCCCUCCAUCUAGAUCUGCGACUCCCAGAGCAUCAGAUUACUCACGAGGGGGUUCUUCCGUGGUGGAGGAUCGUGCAGCGAGAAUCAAACGCCAAGCCGAAGAGAGAAUGGCAGCGAAGAUGGCAGAAUUUGGAAUCGCACGAUCCUCUUCGCCGCUGGAAUCCAAGGCACAACGGCUUGAAAGGGAGAAGAAGGAGAGAGAAGAAAAGAGAAAACAAGCCGAUGAAGAAGCUGCGAAACGGGAAGAGGAAAGGCAAAAGAAGCUUGCUGCGGACUUCGGACCACCUAUCGUCGAGGCCAAGAAACCACCACCACCAGCUCCACGAGCAAAGCCUGCGCCGCCAAAACCAGAUAGCGCAAGAUUAGCACAGGAGGAGACACAGAGGAGAGAGCAAGAGGAGCAGGAAGCUGAGAGAUUGAGAUUAGAGGAGGAGGAACGUCGAGAAGAAGAGGAGAUUCUUAGGCAACAACAGGAGGCUCGUGAUCGUAUUAAGGCCCUAGAACAGCAAGGGCAGCAGGAGAAGAUGAGGAAGGCCGAAGCUGCGAAGAAGAAGGCAACAAACGAUGAACGGGCGAAGAGACUUGCCGCGAUGAGGGCAGAGCUCGAGAGAGCUGAGGCAGAGGAGAGACGAUUGCGCGAACAACAGCAACCAGAAGAGGAAUCUUCCUCUGAUGAUGAAGGUCCACAGCAGAUCACACCAACAAAGGAAAAACCAGAAGAUUCCUGGAAUGCGCCGCCUCCAAAGGUUGCAUCACCUCCACCCCCAGCGCCGCCUGUCGCUCCGCAAACGGAGACGGUCUCUGCCGCAGAAACCAACCCCUUCUUCCGAAAGAUCGGAUCCAAUGGCUCCGCUUCCUCCUCAUCUGUAGCGUCUCCACAACCACCUUCAUCUGAAGUUUCUCACAACCCAUUCCACAAAUUCACCGCACCUGCUCCACCACCGCCGAAGAUCCCACGAUACGGGACUAGGGAUGAUGAUGAUUGGUCUGUCGUUAGCGGCGACGAUAACAAUGAUGCAGAUGAUGAUGAUGAGGAAGUGGGACGAAAAGGUGCUGCAGAGUUGGCCAGCCAGUUCUUUGGUGGCCUUGGACUCCCUCGAGCAUCACCAGCUACCGUAACAUCCCCAACCAGCCCACCAGCAUUCUCUCCAACAGGGCCACCACCUCCACCAAUCAUGGGCAUGCCGCCUCCGCCUCCACCACCCCCACCGAUGCCAACAGGAUUGGGAGGUGCUCCUCCUCCUCCACCACCUGGACCCCCUCCUCCACCUAUGGGUGGCCCUCCAGUACCACCUAUUGGCGGCGGAGGCCAAGAUAGGAGCGGGUUAUUCGCCCAGAUUCAGGCAGGUAGGGGUCUAAGGAAGACCGUAACCAAGGACAAGAGUGCUUCCAGUUCCGCCGGGAGAGUUUUAGAGUAA